AUGAGUAGUACAGAAGCUGCUCUUGAACUUGGUUCGGAUGUUAUACCCCAGAAACGUUUAUUAAGUUUCUUAUUUUCAAAGAAGAAUAUCCCUGCACCUGAAAAUCAUGAAAGGAAACCUUAUCCCUUUAAAGAUGCUAAUAUCAUCAAUAGAGCCUUCUUUUAUUGGGUCACCCCUAUUAUGAAUGUGGGUUACAACAGAACCUUACAACCUAAUGAUUUAUACUAUUUAACUGAUGAUUUAAAGAUUGAAUAUCAUACUGAAUUAUACAAAGAAAAUUUGGCAGCAGAAAUUAAUUAUAGUCAAAUUAAACAUAUUCAAAAAAAAUGUAGAGAAAGAGGUGAAACUGUAUCAACUACGUCUGUUUCAAAAGAAGAUGAUUUAAAGGAUUUCAAAUUAUCUGCUUUCAAUUUAUUAAUGGCUUUAGCUUUAACAUUCAAAAAAUCGAUCUUUUAUGGAUUCUUAUUUGCCAUUGUAAGUGUAACUACCAUGGCCGCUCAACCAUUCUUAACUAAAAACUUAAUUACAUUCGUGGAAGAUAAAUUACUUCGUCCAUCGGUUAACUUGGGUCAGGGUAUUGGUUAUGCUAUUGGGGUUAGUAUUAUGGCCUUAAUGACAGGUACAAGUAUUGCCUAUUAUCAAUAUUAUAUUCAAAUGUGUGGAGCUCUUCUUAGAUCAGUAUUAAUUAGUUUAAUGCUUCAAAAAUCAUUUGUUCUUGCUCCAAAAGGUAGACAUAAAUUCCCAACUUCUAAGAUUACUUCAUUAAUGAGUACCGAUUUAUCUAGAAUUGAGAGAGCUUUCAUUUAUUUCCCACUUUUUGCAUCAUUACCAAUUCCUAUUGUUCUUAGUAUCGCUUUAUUAGUUGUCAAUGUUGGGGUAGCUGGUGUUAUUGGGGUAGUUGUUUUCAUCUUAUUUCUAGGAGCUAUUUCAUUAUCGACUAAACAAUUAUAUAAAUAUAGAACCCUUGUAUCAGGUUUAACUGACGAAAGAAUUAGAAUCAUUAGAGAAAUCAUUAACAAUUUGAAAAUUAUAAAGUUUUAUUCAUGGGAAAUUCCUUAUUUGUCAAAUAUUAUAAAAGCAAGAUCAAAAGAAGUAGCAGUUAUUUUGAAGAUUCAAAGUUUAAGAAAUGUGAUUGAUGCAGUUUCAAGUGGAUUGACAGGUAUCACUGCGAUGAUAACUUUCUUAGUGCUUUAUGGAUUAGAAGGUUCCACAAGAAAUGCAGCUUCUAUGUUCUCAUCAAUCACUUCGUUUGAUGUAUUGUCAUUUGUUAUUUAUUUUAUCCCAUUAGGUUUAUCAACUACUGCUGAUCUGUGGAAUGGUUUAAAGAGAAUUGCUGAAUAUUUGUCAGCUGAAGAAAUUGAACCAACAGAAAGUUAUGUUGUCUCCAACGAUGUAAAUAAAUCCACUGCUAUUGAUAUUAUGAAUGCAUCAUUUAGUUGGGACAAGUUUGAAGAUGAUGACGAAGAUAUGGCAGUUAAAGAAGAAUCAGAAAAUGCUGAAAAACCCGAAGCUAACUUCCCUGGUUUAUUAGAAAUAAAUUUAUCAGUUAAAAAAGGUGAAUUUAUAGUCAUUACAGGUUCAAUUGGUAGUGGGAAAACAUCAUUAUUAAGUGCAAUUGCUAACAUUAUGAAGAUCGAUGAAGGUAAAGUUGAAAUUAAUGGUACGUUAAUAAAUUGUGCUGCUCCAUGGAUUCAUAAUGCUACUAUCAAAGAUAAUAUUUUAUUUGGAUCUAAUUUUGAAAAGGAAAAAUAUGAUAAUGUGGUUUAUGCAUGUGCUCUACAAACUGAUAUUGAUAUUUUGGAAGCAGGAGAUUUAACUGAAGUUGGUGAAAAGGGUAUAACUCUUUCAGGAGGUCAAAAAGCUAGAAUUAAUUUAGCUAGAGCAGUUUAUGCAGAUGAAGAUAUUAUCUUAUUGGAUGAUGUUUUAAGUGCUGUUGAUGCUAGAGUAGGCAAACAUGUUGUUAAUCAUUGUAUGUUAGGUUUACUUAAAGAUAAGACGAGAUUAUUAGCAACUCAUCAAUUAUCAUUAAUCGGAUCUGCCGAUCGUAUUAUUUAUUUAAAUGGAGAUGGGUCAAUUGAUGUUGGAACUAUGGAAGAAUUAGGUGAUACAAAUUCAGGAUUCAAAAGAUUAAUGACUCAUAGUUCAAGUGAUAAAGAAGAAGUCGAAGAAACUGUUCCUUCUAAACCAGUUUUCGAAGAAGCUGACAUUGCAGAUGAAUUAAUUCCAAAAUUCACAAAAGAAACCUUUCAAGAAUCUUCAUCCAACGUUACAAGACGUAGAAAAGUUAAAACUGAUGAAGCAGAAGAAGAUAGUGAAGAAGUGUUUAGAGAUGUUACAGUUGGAAAGGAUGCUUCAAAAGGUAAGAUCACUCAAAAGGAAGAAAGAGCCGUUAAUCGUAUUAAGAAUGAAGUCUACUAUAAUUUCAUUAAAUAUGGUUCAGGUAAAUUAUCACCAUACGUUACAAUCCCAUUAAUGAUUCUUUUAUUAACUCUUUCAACAUUUUCAUCAAUUUUUUCCAACACUUGGUUAUCAUUCUGGAUUUCUAAGAAAUUCGAUGAUCGGUCAAAUUCAUUCUAUAUUGGCUUUUAUGUCUUAUUCAAUAUUUUAAAUGUGGUUUUCCUUACUACUUUAUUUGUAAUACUAGCCAACAUCACUACUAACUCAUCCAAGAAUUUAAUUUUAAUGGCUAUUAAACGUGUCUUACAUUCUCCAAUGUCAUAUUUAGACGUCACACCAAUGGGUAGAAUUAUCAAUAGAUUUACUAAGGAUACUGAUACUUUAGAUAAUGAAAUUGUGGAAAAUAUGAAACUAUUAUUAGUAACCACCGGUGGUGUAGUAGGUAUUUUAAUUCUUUUGAUUAUUUAUUUACCUUGGUUUGCUAUUGCUAUGCCAUUGAUUGGAGGGUUAUUUGUUGCUAUUGCUCUGUAUUAUCAAGCAUCAUGUCGUGAAAUAAAAAGAUUAGAAGCCAUUCAAAGAUCAUUUGUAUAUGAUAAUUUUAAUGAAACAUUAACCGGUAUGGGUACGAUUAAAGCAUAUAAGGCAGAAAAUUUCUUCCUUGAAAGAAGUAAUCAAUAUAUGAAUACGAUGAAUGAAGCAUCAUUUUUAGUGUUUGCUACUCAAAGAUGGUUAGCAGUUCAUUUAGAAAUUUUAGCUGAUUUUGUUAUUUUAAUCACUGCCUUACUAUGUGUUGCACGAGUAUUUUCAAUUUCUUCUGCCACAGCUGGUUUAUUAAUCUCAUAUUCAUUACAAAUUGGUAGUGCUUUAGCUCAAGUUCUUCGAAAUUUCGUUCAAUUUGAAAAUGAUAUGAAUUCAACUGAAAGAGUUUGUCAUUAUGCUUUGAAAUUAGAUCAAGAGGCUCCUUAUACUAUUCAAGAAACCAAACCAUCAUCAUCAUGGCCUCAAACAGGGGCUAUUAAAUUCGACAAUGUUAGUAUGAAUUAUAGACCUGGUUUACCAUUAGUUUUAAAAGGCUUAACUUUUGAUGUAUCUUCUAAACAAAAAAUUGGUAUUUGUGGUAGAACCGGAGCAGGUAAAUCAUCAAUCAUGACUGUUUUAUAUAGAAUUUGUGAAUUAGAAGGAGGAAAGAUUACCAUUGAUGGUAUUGAUAUCUCAACUCUUGGAUUAAACGAAUUAAGAACGAAAUUAUCCAUCAUUCCUCAAGAUCCAGUGUUAUUUAAUGGUACCAUUAGAAAUAAUUUAGAUCCAUUUGGAGAACACGAUGAUAUUAAACUAUUUGAUGCAAUUAGAAGAUCAGGAUUAAUGACGAUGGAAGAAUUUAAAGAUAUUGAAAAGCAAAAGGGUAAUGGUAGUACGGAUUCUGAAAAAUUACAUAAAUUCCAUUUAGAUCAAUUUGUCGAAGAUGAAGGAGCUAAUUUUUCAUUAGGUGAAAGACAAUUGAUUGCAUUUGCCAGAGCAUUGGUUAGAGAAACUAAGAUUUUAAUCUUAGAUGAAGCUACAUCACUGGUUGAUUAUGAAACUGAUAGUAAGAUUCAAAAGACUAUUGCAACUGAAUUUAAAGAUUGCACUAUUUUAUGUAUUGCUCAUAGAUUGAAGACGAUUAUCAAUUAUGAUAAGAUUCUCACCUUGGAUAGAGGAGAAAUCAAGGAGUUUGAUACUCCUUGGAUGUUGUUUAAUUCAGAUAAUGGUAUAUUUAAACAAAUGUGUGAAAAGUCACAAAUUGUUGCGGGGGAUUUUUUAAAUAGAGAUUAG